UCUUUCUCUCUCUCCAGGUUAACAUCAGUGGUAGUAAUGGUCUCCCUCUACAAAUGACUUCAUUCUGGAAGUGUGAAUCAUCAUCAACUGUAUUCAGAUUAGACUAUACUUACACUCCGGAUGUAUUCCCAUCAAAAUCAAAACCGAACCUCACUAAUCUAUCAGCUACCAUUACUGUAGGGGGUGGAGUCACUAGUGCCGAUCCUCAGCCAAAAGGGGCGUGGUCUGAUGAUAAGAGUACGAUGGUCUGGAAGUUGCCAGAUGUCUCAUCUGAUAAGGAAAUUGAUACAUGUACCAUUAGGUCGAGAUUUGAAGUUUCUUCUGGCCCUACUGUCCCAACUCCUGCGCUCAUUCAGUUCAUGUGUGAUGGUAGCACCCUCUCCGGGGUUGCCAUGGCGGUAGAAAACCCCGCCUACAAAAUUUCUCUUCACAAAAACAAGUGUUUUUCAGGAAAAUAUAUGGCUGAACCAAUUAAAUAGGCAAAAAAACUACAACUCAUAUUAUUAUUAUUAUUAUUAUUAUUAUUGUGUUCUUUAUGCUAUUAAAAAUGAAAUUGCUAGUCCCAAUUAUUGAUAAGAAUGAUUGCUUUAAUUUUAAAAA